AUGGCAGACCACGCAGCGCUCUUGAACGAGUACGAGGCCGUCAAGCGUGCCUACGAGGACAUGGAAAUAGCGUACAAACGUCAAAUGCAGCAAGUCUUGACAAACCCAGAACUCUCAAAGGUUAAAAAGGAGUUAUGGAAGACCCGAGCUGCGUGCACAGACCUCACGGCCGAAAGAGACCAACUGUUGGACCGCAUCUCAGAGCUAGAAAACACAUUGAGACAACGACCUGAUCCGUCCAUAACAUCGAGACAGGGAAGUGAUCGUGAUGGACGACUCAAAGCGAGACUGCUUCCAGCCCUCAGAGAACCGUUAUCCCUGGCCUAUGAUCCACUAGGAUCGUCCCGACAUUGUGGACCGGAAGCUGUUCACAGUCGAAACCAACGAGCCAUGCAACUCGCGAUGCAUCCCGGCGACUCGCACGAUACCGGUUUCACAAGAGUCGAAGCAGAACGCGAAAUCAUCAAGCUCCCGAAGCGAUCUAGAACUUCUAAGCAACAGCAACAGCAGCCACAACAACAGCUUCUGCAAGCAUCGACGACGACGGGCUCCGCCAAUCCAGGGUCUCCGGCAGUGGGGUUCCCUGUGGAAUCGACACCAGCGGCAUCGUAUCAUCCCGUUGUGGACGCGGAGCUUGGGCAUGUUUUGAGCGGAAGCGCUAGCAGCGGUGGGGAAUCAUUGGUGGCUCGUUCAGGAACCCGUAUACGCAUCAAACCAAUAGUUGGGGCUGACAGGGAGGUUGUUGCAUCCGCAGAUAACGCCGCUGGGCCUGGCACUGUGACGGACCGCGAGUAA